AUGUCCAGCUCAAUGGCCACCACUCUCCCUCCACCCCAACCUCUGCCACUCACCUCCGACUCCGAUAACGACUCCCCCACCCACGACCAACAUCAUGUGGAUCUCUCCUCCUCCAUCUUCCAAUCGUACCUCUCUCAUUCCUCCACAGGUUCCUCCUCUCAACAUGACCUCAUCAAAAUUCAAUCUUUCUUAAUCUCCUCCCGCUCCGGUGCUCUCUCCUGCCUCAUCUGUCUCGAACGUAUCAAGCCCACUGACCCCACCUGGUCCUGCACCUCCCGCUGCUUUGGCCUCUUCCACCUCAUCUGCAUCCAAUCCUGGGCGCACCAAUCCACCACCCUCGCCACCUCACGCGCCACCUCACGCGCUGCAAUUCCCGAUGAGAACUCCAUUGUCUGGCCCUGUCCCAAGUGUCGUGUCGAGUACCCCAAGUCACAAACCCCCAAGAACUACUAUUGUUUUUGUGGGAAACUUGAGGAUCCGCCUCGUGAUCCAUGGAUUUUACCCCAUUCCUGUGGGGAAAUAUGCGGCCAGGCUUUAAGGAACAAUUGUGGGCAUUUUUGCUUGCUCUUGUGUCACCCAGGGGCUUGUCCAUCGUGCCCAAAAUUAGUCAAGACGAAGUGCUUUUGCGGGAAGCUGGAGGAUGUGAAGAGAUGCGGACUUAAGAAUUUUUCAUGUAAUGGCGUGUGCAGGAAAUUACUGGAGUGUGGGAUUCAUAGGUGUGGAGAAAUUUGCCAUGAAGGGGGUUGUCCGCCGUGCGGAGAGAAGGUUGAUUAUAGGUGCCAAUGUGGGAGGGUGAAGAUGGAGAGAGAGUGUUGUGAGAGGUAUUUUAGGUGCGAAAACGCGUGCAAUAAAAUUUUGGGGUGCGGGAAACAUGGCUGCGAUAGGGGAUGUCAUGAGGGCGAGUGUGGAGAGUGCCCGUUUCAAGGGAAGAGGACUUGUCCUUGUGGCAAUCGAAUAUAUGAGGGGAUGGCAUGUGAUGUGACUGUGCCACUUUGUGGGUCAACUUGUAAUAAGAUGCUGAGCUGCGGGUUCCAUAGGUGUCCUGAAAGGUGCCAUCGUGGACCGUGCAUUGAGACUUGUAGGAUUGUCGUUACGAAGUCGUGUAGGUGUGGGAGCUUGAAAAAACAGGUUCCUUGUUAUCAAGACUUAACCUGCGAGAGGAAGUGCCAGAAAAUGAGGGAAUGUGGACGACAUGCAUGUAAGCGUCGCUGCUGUGAUGGGGACUGCCCUCCUUGCUCUGAGAUUUGUGACCGGAAGCUCAGAUGUAGGAACCAUAAAUGCCCAGCUCCAUGUCAUAGAGGUGCUUGUGCUCCUUGCCCAUUGAUGGUCUCUAUCGCAUGUUCAUGUGGGACAACACACUUUGAGGUUCCUUGUGGCACAGAGGCUGAGCAUAAACCUCCAAAGUGUCCCAAACCAUGUCGUAUAGCUCCUUUAUGCAGGCAUGCAUCCAGUAGCAAGCCUCAUAGAUGCCAUUAUGGAGCUUGCCCUCUGUGUCGGCUAAUUUGUAAUGGAGAAUAUCCAUGUGGACACAAGUGCAAAUUAAGGUGUCAUGGACCAAUACCUCCUCCUAUUCCUGAAUUUACAUUGAAACCCAAGAAAAAGAAGUCAAAUUAUCAAACUGAACCUACUCCUGGUUCCCCUUGUCCUCCUUGCCCAGAACUUGUGUUGAGGUCCUGUGUUGGUCAUCACAUAGGUGCAGAGAGGAUGAUGGUCUGUUCAAAUAGAGCAGAUUUUUCUUGUGAGAACUUGUGUGGGAAUCCUCUUCCUUGUGGAAAUCAUCACUGUACUUACGUUUGCCAUGCCUUGACACGUCACAUAUCAAAAUCAGAGGGAAUUAGUAGAGGCGAAUCCUGUGAAAAGUGCACUCUUCCUUGCGAAAAGGAGAGACAUCCUACAUGUCCGCAUCCUUGCCCCCUGCCGUGUCAUCAAGGAGAAUGCCCUCCGUGCAAAGCACUGAUUAAGCGUUCGUGUCAUUGUGGAGCCAUGGUGCAUGUUUUUGAGUGUAUAUAUUUUAAUUCCAUGUCAAAAGAAGAGCAAAUGGCCGUUCGAUCAUGCAGAGGUCCUUGUCAUAGAAAGUUGCCAAACUGUACACAUUUAUGCCCAGAGACAUGUCAUCCCGGUACAUGUCCAUCGCCUGACAAGUGCUCUAAAAAGGUCACUGUUCGCUGUGGAUGCCAAACCUUAAAAACAGAGUGGCUUUGUCAGGACGUGCAAUCAGCAUAUCUCCAAGCUGGCAGUGAUCCCAAAGAUGUAUCUAGGAAUCAGUAUGGAUUUGGACUUCUUCCUUGUGAUUCUGAUUGCAAGAGUAAAGUGAAGGUUUCUGAUGCAGAGUUACAGCUUCGUAAAUCAAAGUUGGUGGAGGAAAAGGAGCCUGCUACUGUAAGUAAUGUGACAAAACGUAGAAGAAGAAGACAACGGGUACAGGAGGACAAGAAUAUAUCAACACUGCAGAAAGUCGUUUCUGCUAUUCGGAAGAUUCUUUUGCUUCUCUUCAUUGCUGUUAUUAUACCUCCAUUGGCAUAUUUUGGCUAUAAAGGCCUCAUGUGGCUCUCGGAUUGGAUGAACGAAGUUGAGACGCAACAGAGAAGAAGAAGAUAUCCAGGAAUAUAG